CUUUCUUAUUUCUUGUAAGGUAGUAUUGGUUUGCGCAGGCAUCCAUUAUCUUUUUGUUCAUCUAGUGAAAACCCCUGUCUAAACCUCUCUCAAAUAUCCUAUCCUGUUGCUACAGCGACCUCUCAGUUCAAUUAUCCAACCGGCGACGCCGUCACACGGUCGCUCUACUUGCCCCCGAACGCGCGCAACCACCGUACAAUCCUCUUCACCGCCGUAACAAUUGCCGGCAGACGGACGGGAACUGACAAAUAAAAUGGCCGCGUCACUCUCUCACACUCUCCCCAUUCCUCGUCGCGGUCAUUCUUUCGUUUCACAUAUCAAUAAGCAGAUUGUUAGCAUAUAUCGCGUUGACCCCAACUUCAAUGGCCAAAGACGAGCAAGGGUGGUCUGCCAAGGCAUGUUGGCACCCAGAAAAUUUAUGCAGAGAAGGAAAAAGAUAGAAGUUUUUGAAGAUGCUGCUGAUGAAGAAGAUCAAAAGAGCUGGAGGAAGAUGAUGAAUGAAAUCGAUGAGGUGGGCUCUGCAGUUUCUGUGCUCAGAACACGAAGAACAAAAAACCAACCUCUUCCUAAAGAUCUAGUUUUAGGAACCUUAGUUAGAUUUAAACAGCAAAAGAAAUGGAAUAUUGUUGCUGAGAUUCUUGAGUGGCUUCGAACUCAGCAUUGGUGGAAUUUCAAUGAAAUGGAUGCUUUGAUGCUGAUUACUGCUUAUGGAAAAGAAGGGGAUUUCAACAAAGCAGAAAGGGUUUUUAGUUAUAUAAACAAGAAAGGUUAUCCACCAAGUGUUAUAUCUCAUACUGCUCUUAUGGAAGCUUAUGGAAAAGGAGGUCAAUGCAACAAAGCAGAAGCAAUAUUCAGAAGGAUGCAAUCUUCAGGACCUGAACCUUCUGCUGUAACAUAUCAAAUAAUUCUCAAGAUAUUUGUUGAGGCAGACAAGUUUGAAGAAGCUGAAGAAAUUUUUGAAAGCAUUUUGACAGAUGAGGUGUCAUCUUUGAAAGCAGAUCAACAGAUGUUUCACAUGAUGAUUUAUAUGUACAAAAAAGCAGGAAGCAAUGAUAAAGCUAGAAGGCUAUUUUCAAUGAUGAAUGAAAGAGGACUCCAGCAAACCUCAGUGACUUAUAAUAGCUUGAUGUCAUACGAAUCUAACUAUAAAGAGGUUGCCAAAGUCUAUGAUCAGAUGCAUAGAGCUGGGGUCCGCCCUGAUGUAGUCAGCUAUGCCCUACUCAUUAGUGCUUAUGGAAAAGCCAGAAGAGAAGAAGAAGCUUUAGCUGUUUUUGAAGAAAUGCUUGAUGCUGGUGUAAGGCCAACACAAAAAGCAUAUAACAUCUUGCUUGAUGCAUUUGCAAUAUCUGGAAUGGUGGAUCAGGCCAAGAUUGUGUUCAAGAGUAUGCGAAGAGACAGAUGUACACCGGAUCUUUGCUCAUACACAACUAUGUUGUCGACAUAUGUGAAUGCAUCUGAUAUGGAGGGAGCUGAGAGAUUUUUUAGAAGGAUAAAGGAAGAUGGACUUGAGCCUAAUGUUGUUACAUAUGGGACUUUGAUUAAAGGUUAUGCAAGGAUUAAUGAUCUUGAAACAAUGAUGAAGAAGUAUGAGGAGAUGCAGAUACAUGGUAUUAAGGGGAAUGAGACUGUUUUUACUACAAUUAUGGAUGCGUAUGGGAAGAAUAGAGAUUUUGGAGAUGCUGUGAUUUGGUUUAAAGAGAUGGAGUCUUGUGGGGUUGUUCCUGAUAAAAAAGCAAAGAAUAUUCUUUUGUCUUUGGCUAAUUCAGUUGAAGAGAAAGCAGAAGCUAAUGAAGAUGAAGAUGAUGAUGAAGAAGAUGAAAACAUAUCUCUUGUGGAUGAAAGGAGAGAGGUGUCUGUGGCUGUUGGUGGUAUAAAAUGA